AACGAUAGAAAGGAAAUACUAAACUGCCUCCCUACACCGCCUGGACGCCGCCGCCUUGCUCCGCCCCAAUCCCCUCCGUAAGCCGCGCCUUCACGCCGUCCGCGACGACGCCGCCUCGCUCCCUUCACGCCGUCGGCGACGACGCCGCCCCGCUCCUCUCCGUCGCGGUGCCUUCACGACGCCGCUCCGCUCCGCCCUGAUCCCCUCCGUAUGCCGCGCCCCGCCUUGCUCCGCCCCAAUCCCCUCCGUACGCCGCGCCUUCACGCCGUCCGCGACGACGCCGCCUCGCUCCCUUCACGCCGUCGGCGACGACACCGCCCCGCUCCUCUCCGUCGCGGUGCCUUCACGACGCCGCUCCGCUCCGCCCCAAUCCUCUCCGUCGCCGCACUGUCACGGCCUCGCCCCCAUCACACCGAGCCGCAGCACCUCCCCGACGUCGCCCGCACCCACCACCUCCUACAACACCUGCUCGGGCCGCACUCGGGGACGACGCCUACUCCUAGGCCAGGCGGGGACGGCGCCUUCUACAUCGCCUCGACGACCGUCUGCUAAUCGUGGCCACUUUGGGCAUCUUACAAGAGCCGCCUCGCUCCCUUUGGGCAGAGCUGACCGGGGAUAAUAAUCACAUGGAUGAUGAUAAGAAGGCGCAGGGCAAUCAAGGCAAACAAGGAUGGUAUGCACGGAUGUCUGACGAUAAAAAGGCUGAAUACCUCGAGAAGCGGCGUCAGGCACGUGCUGACAAGAAGGCUGCAACUCUUAUUGCUGUGAAAUGUCAGCAACUAUCUCAAGACCAUCCUUCUAUUCUGUCUCCGGAACGUACACCAUUCAGCAAUAUAACCAACACACACAAAUAUGUGAGUACACCUGCAAGCUCUGGGAGUACUGCUCAUCAACCUGCAGAUAGCAAUGUUCAAUGCAAAAAACAAGGUGGGGGUGGUAUGCCCGUAUGUCCCAAGAGAAGAAAUCAGAGCACCUGGAGAAGCUCCGUAUGGCCCGACUAGAAAAGAAAGCUAUAGAAAAAAGUGUGAAUGUUGAUGUACCUCAAUCCCCUGCCACUCAGUUUUCCACAGUAAGUACAGCAGCAGCCUCCGGUACUACUGAUCAUCAACCUAUAGAGACAUGCAAAAAUCAAAGUGGACAUGGGUGGUAUUCCCGUCUGUCCCAAGAGAAGAAAGCGGAACACCUAGAGAAGCUCUGGAUAGCCCGACUAGAAAAGAAAGCUGCAACAAAAAGUUUGGGUGUUGAUGUAUCUCAAUUCCCUGCUCCUCAAGUUUCCACACUUGCAGCUUGUACGGUGGGACACAAGAAACAAAGUGGUCAUGGUUGGUUUGCUAGACUAUCUGAAGAUAAAAAAGAAGAAUACCGGAAGAAGCGUAGGAUGUCCCGGCAGGAAAAACAAAAUGCGACUCUCCAUGACGAUGUUUCGCUUGGUAAUAUUACUAAAUACGAUGGUGGUAUGCUAAACACGGAGGAUGAUGAUGAUAAUGAUUGGAUGCACACUAAUCUGAAUUACCAAUGAGCUAAUCUGAAUUGCCAGCAAGGUACAGUGCACGUUCAACAUAUACAUGACAUGCAAGGACAAGAAAGAUUUCUGCCCAGAAGUUUUAUAUCUGGACAGUCCAGUGAAACGAAAGAUGCAUCUUCUGAGAAAAAACGACGUCGUAUGAGGGAACAAUAUGCAAACAUGCCAACGCAUGACAAAGAGGUUGUGUUGUGUCGGAAUCGUGCAUAUAAGAUAGCACGAUGGCAUACUGGACCAUUACACAACCAAUCUAACACUACUGAUGCCGCCGAUGGAUCAAAAACACACUCACCAAGUACACCUUCCAUACCGAUGACAUGCAUGCCUUCUGAUGCCAUCCACACCGAGGAAGAGUUCGAAGUAUCUGGAAUUUUUGAGCCAAUUCAACCCACUACUGAAAUGGAAGACUGCUUCGACGACAUGCAUGGGGAAGAUAUACUAUACGAUGAUGAUGACGAAGAAUGCAGGAUAUUUACUGCACAGGGUCAUCACUUCGAGUCAUAUAGAGUGACAGCUACUGCUGAUUUGGGUAUACAGAAUGAUGACCCUUAUGACAAUAUCUACAAAAAACUACCGAAGAGGCAUCAUGUUUUGAAGACAGUGAGUGACUGCGACUACUGUGGAGCAAUGAGAUUCCAAUAUGAGGGUCCAGCCUUCUGUUGCAGAAAAGGAAAGGUCAAAUUAUUUAUCCCAGAUGUUCCUCAAGAGUUGCAACGGUUGUUUACAAGUCAAGAUGAUGAUGAUGCAAAAUAUUUUAGACAACACAUUCGGUAUUUUAACUCACACUUCUCCUUCACAAGUCUUGGAGUCACCCUUGACCAUCAGGUUAGCAGCGCGGCCAGGACUGGGAUAUACACAUUCCGUGCGCAUGGUCAGUUGUAUCACCGUCUAGACCAUUUGGUACCUGCUGGUCAAGGACCUAGGCAUUUGUAGUUGUACAUUUUUGAUACAGAUGACACCUUGGAGCAUAGGGUGAAGCGGUCUCCAGAUCUUGAUAUCAAUCUCAUACGAAAGAUUUUGCGGAUACUAGCCAACAAUCCCUAUGUGGACAUAUUUAAGAGCAUCGGUUCUGUUCCAAACCUGGCAGAGUAUAGGAUUUCUUUAAACACAGAUAUAAAACUGGAUCAGCGAAGGUACAAUGCUCCUACAACUUCUCAGGUGGCUGCGAUGUGGGUUGAAGGGAGUGACCCACAGAACACCUUUGAUAGAAGUGUUAUUGUGUAUGGAAAAGGGGACCGUCCUGUAUAUAUCAGAGCAUACUAUGGAUGCUAUGAUCCUUUGGCGUAUCCAUUAUUUUUUCCCCGCGGGGAGACAGGAUGGAACCGUUUCAUGCCGUAUGAUGGACUAGCUACUGUUCAAACAAACCGUGAGGAUGACACCGGUGAGGUACCGCCUUCUCUUCCUCAGGCUAACGAGGAUGACACACAUGAUGAAGGAUGUGAGGUUCCAGCAGAUGACAACGAGAGCCAGGAUGAAGAUGGGGUUGUGGAGUCCAGGAAAUUUGUCAGCGCACGCGAGUACUAUUGUUUUUCAAGCUACAGGUUAGGAAAGGACUUUUUAACAUCAUCUUGUUCGGUCAUCGCCUUCUCCAGCAGUGGGCUGUUGAUAUGUACAUAAAGAUGGAGACUAUGAGGCUUGAUUUCUAUUCAAAACCUCAGAAUCAGAAGCUCAUAUGCGCUGAACUCUAUCAGGUGUUGUUGAUGUCAUUGAGGUUGGCGAGACACGUGCUUCUCAUGUUGGCAAGAGAAUCAUUCUUCCACGUACUUUUCCUGGAGGUGAUAGAGAUAUGCAACGGCGAUUCCUUGAUGCGAUGGCUAUUGUGCAACGAUUUGGGAAACCAGAUUACUUCGUCACGAUGACUUGCAACCCGUACUGGGAGGAAAUAACUUCCAACCUUGCACCCGGGCAGACACCGCAAGACCGCCCAGACCUGGUGGCUAGGGUAUACAGGGCCAAGUUGAGAGAUAUGAAAGAUCUUUUGAUCAAGAAAAAAUACUUUGGCACGGUUGCUGCUUAUGUUCAUGUUACCGAGUUUCAGAAAAGGGGGCUACCACAUGAGCACUUCCUUUUGAUCAUGGACACAGAUAGUAAGCUAACAAACCCUGAUGGUUAUGACAGAGUCAUAUCGGCUGAGAUUCCUGACAAGGACAAGUACCCUAUACUGCAUGCUCUGGUGAUCAAACAUAUGCUCCAUGGACCAUGUGGUACUCUCAAGAAAAAUUGUCCUUGCAUGAUAGAUGGAGAAUGUCGUUUUCACUAUCCUCGACAGUUUUGUGCCGCUACGCAACAAGGAAAGGACUCAUAUCCGAUCUAUAGGAGAGAUGAUGGCCGACGCGUAAAAGUCAGGGGUGCUGUGUUGGAUAAUAGAUGGGUGGUCCCUUACAACCCUGGUUUACUUAUGCGGUAUAACUGUCACAUCAACGUUGAAGCUUGCUCAAGCAUCAAAGCUGUUAAAUAUCUUUUCAAAUACAUCUACAAAGGACAUGAUCGUGCAUCCUUCUCAGUUGAUUCUGCAGGAAAUGAUGAUAGUGUAAUAAAUGAGAUUCGGCAAUAUAGAGAUGCAAGGUUCAUAUCACCACCGGAGGCUAUCUAUAGGAUUUGUGCUUUCCCGAUGUUUGGUGUUUCGCCAGCUGUUCUUCAACUCCAGCUCCACUUACCCAAUAUGCAUACUGUUGCAUUCAAAGGGUCUGAUAACCUAGAGGAUGUCAUCACACGCCCGUCUUCUAAAACUAUGCUGACGCAAUAUUUCAAGAUGAACCAGGAGGACCCUUAUGCACGGAAUUUCUUGUACAAAGAGUUCCCGGAAUACUUUAGAUGGAUUAAAGGUAAAAAGAAGUGGCAAAGAAGAAAACAGAGGGGACGCGGACAAGUUGGUAGAAUUGUGUAUGCGAACCCUGCUGAAGGUGAGAGGUACUACUUGAGGGUGCUACUAAAUCAUGUUAGAGGUGCAAUUUCAUAUGAGGAUUUGAAAACUGUAAAUGGAAAGAUUUGCUUGACCUUUAGAGAAGCGUGUGAGCAGAGAGGCCUUAUAGAGACUGACAAAUCCCUUGACGACUGCCUGAUUGAGGCUGCUACUUUCCAGAUGCCUUCUGCUCUAAGAAGGCUUUUUGCGACUAUUUUGGUGUUCUGCGAGGCGACCAACAUCAAGGAACUAUGGGACAAACAUCUGGAGGUGAUGACUGAGGAUUAUCGUCGUAUCCAGCCCAACCAAGCAACAUUAGAGCAGAUGGUGCUUAGAGACAUCAGGGAUUUGAUUCAUUCGAUGGGUAAGGAUAUUAAAAGUUACGGCCUUCCAGAGGUGGUUGAAACAGACGGCGAUCAUUCUAGCGACAACUUGAGAGAGGUUCGGGAGGAAUUGUCAGUCGGUGUGGACUAAGAUCAUCUAGAUUUGUUUACUUCUUUGAACACUGAGCAGCGAGCUGGAUUUGAUGAAAUAUUGGAUCACGUGGUCAACAAUAGGAGCCAAAUAUUCUUUGUUGAUGGUCCAGGUGGCACGGGGAAAACUUAUCUGUAUAAAGCACUUCUUGCUAGGGUACGUUCGCUUGGACAAAUAGCUAUUGCAACUGCUACAUCUGGUAUAGCUGCAUCGAUCAUGCCCGGUGGACGAACCGCCCAUUCCAGGUUCAAAAUACCGAUUAGGCUCACAGACAACAGCAUGUGCAGUUUCACCAAGCAGAGUGGUACUGCGGAGCUGCUUCGUAGGGCAUCGUUGAUAAUAUGGGAUGAAGUUGCCAUGACAAAGCGUCAAGCAGUAGAGGCACUUGAUAGGUCACUACAAGAUAUCAUGGGAAGUGAUUUGCCUUUUGGGGGGAAGGUUGUUGUGUUUGGAGGAGAUUUUAGGCAGGUCCUUCCUGUGGUGACACGUGGGACAAGAGCACAGAUCACUGACGCAACACUACUGAGAUCUUAUCUAUGGGAGAAGAUUAAGAAAAUACGACUGAUGCGUAAUAUGAGAGCACAAACUGACCCCUGGUUCUCCAAAUAUCUCCUAAGAAUUGGGAAUGGAACGGAGGAGACGAUUGGUGAUGAUUAUGUGCGUCUUCCUGAUGACAUUGUGAUAGGGUACACUUCCACAGAAGAAUCGAUAAAGAAGCUUAUCGAAGAAGUCUUCCCAUCACUGCAUGAGAAUGCUGCAUCUGGAGCCUAUAUGAGCACACGUGCUAUCCUUUCUAACAAGAAUGAGCAUGUGGACGACUUGAACGAAAAGAUGAUUGACAAAUUUCCUGGCCAAGAAAAGGUAUACUAUAGCUUUGACUCCGUCGAUGAUGAUGCACACAAUAACUAUCCAAUUGACUAUCUAAACUCGAUCACCCCAAAUGGCUUGCCCCGGCAUGUUCUGAAAAUCAAGGUCAAUUGUCCUGUCAUUUUGCUCCGAAAUCUCGAUCCUCACAAUGGGCUAUGUAACGGAACAAGAUUGAUGAUUAGAGCGUUCCAAGACAAUGCAAUAGAUGCCGAGAUUGUUGGUGGACAACAUGCUGGAAAGAGAGUGUUCAUACCUAGGAUUCCUUUGGCACCCUCCGAAGACAUAUCACUUCCUUUCAAGUUGAAGAGGAAACAAUUCCCGAUUCGCUUGAGUUUUGCAAUGACCAUAAACAAAGCCCAGGGGCAAACUCUACCAACUAUUGGUAUUUACCUUCCUGAGCCCGUCUUCUCACAUGGCCAGCUAUAUGUUGCACUGUCAAGGGGAGUUUCAAGGCAGACCACUAGGAUUUUGGCCAAGCCAAAUAAGGACAUAGAUCCCACAGGGAAAAGCACCAAAAACAUUGUGUAUAGAGAUGUUUUGGAGGGAUGAUUCAGUGGGGAGAUGCACAAGAGUUCAAGCAUUCUGUAUGGAUAUUAUAGAUUUCUCGGCACUACCAGAUCUGCAGCAUUUUACCUAUUCUGGUCCUCAUUGGCUUCUUUGUAAUGACAUCAUUUUUUAGAAGGCCCAGGCUUCUAUUGAUUCCUCUGUUCAGUUCCUUUUUAUAGGAGAAGGUUGAUUUUUCAGAUUUGUCCCUGCUUGCAUGCAGGGGACUUUGUUUUCUUAUUUAAGAAUUAUGGUUAAUAUAUAUUUUCUCCUUCAAUAGAAACUU